CCAACUCGCAGUUCCAGAUUCCCCUCGGAAAAAACCACACACUCGCAGUUCCAGAAUCGUCUUCCGUCCUCGGCGACCCAUGAAGGACCCCUUCGAGGCGGCCGUUGAGGAGCAGGAGUCCCCGCCGGAUUCGCCGGCGCCGCCCGAGGAGGGCCCUGCCACAGCGGUCCCCCACACAAUCGACGAGGACUAUGACGGCAGCGCGGGCGCCGGUGGUUCACGGCCCCCGCCGCCGCGACCGCGGCCUUCGGCGCUAGCCGCGCCCUCGACCUCCGCCGCCCCGGCGGCGGCGAAGGCCAAGGUCCGGCCCCAAAAGGAGCAGGAUGACGACGACGACGAGGAAGACCCCAUGGAGGUCGACCUCGACAAGCUGCCCUCCGGCACCAGCGAUCCCGACAAGCUCGCCAAGAUGAAUGCUUUGUUAUCCCAAUUUACAGAAGACCAGAUGAACCGGUACGAGUCAUUUCGGAGAUCUGGAUUCCAGAAAUCUAACAUGAAAAAGCUAUUGGCGAGUAUCACAGGCAGUCAAAAGAUAUCGAUGCCAACGACCAUCGUAGUAUCAGGAAUCGCAAAGAUGUUUGUCGGCGAGGUCAUAGAAACAGCUAGAAUAAUUAUGAGUGAAAGGAAAGAUUCUGGACCCAUCAGACCUUGCCACAUCAGAGAAGCAUACAGAAGAUUGAAGCUUGAAGGGAAGAUCCCAAAGCGAUCCGUUCCUAGACUCUUCCGCUAGAGUUGAAGCAUCUCUGUUGAUAUAAGUCAGGCGUUGUAUGAUUCUCUCUCGGAGGCAAAAUGUUAUGGUACCUGUAAUGGAACUUCGGCUUUGCAAUCUCCCUGUGUUCCCACACUCACACUUCUACUUGCCAUCACAGGCAAGGUGAUUGUAGGGAGAACAAUGAAAAAUAGUAGCCGCAGCGUGAUGGUAUUUUAUUGUGCUUGUUACUCCUGGAAAAUUGCGUCCAAAGCAGUAAGUUGUGUCUGUUUCUUCUUA